AUCCCACAAUCCAGCGGUGAAGAUGGCGGCGCCCAGGAGCCGGAGGCGCGUGCAGUCCGAGUGAAGGGAACCUCUGUCCGCCCACUGACUGUGGUAGAGGCCGUGUCCCUCCACUCCUCUCACAAUGAAGAACAAACCCACCCGGCACCGGACUCAGAACACGUUCCGGUUUCUCACCUUCUCAGAACGGUUAGCGAAUGUGAAUAUUGAUAUAAUCCAUCGGAUUGAUAGAACUGGGAGCUAUGCUGAGGAAGUUGAAACCUACUUUUAUGAAGGCCUGGAGAAAUGGAGAGAUCUUAACUGCACGGAUCACUUUGUUAACUUUUACAAAGAGGUAUGCGGAAUAACCCAAUCUUUUAAUCAGUUGGUAUACCAUCAGAACACGGUGGUAGAAAGCUUGAAAAAUCAUCUUCAAAUCAGGAGCAGCCUGGCAUACCAACCUUUACUCGACCUCGUGGUACAGUUGGCCAGAGAUCUGCAGGGGGACUUCUAUCCUCACUUCAGAGAGUUCUUUAUAAUUAUAACCUCCUUGCUGAACACACAGGACACAGAACUGUUGGAAUGGAUCUUCACCUGUCUCUCCUACCUGUACAAAUACCUCUGGAGACUUAUGGUCAAGGACAUAACAGACAUUUACAGUUUGUAUAGUUCACUUUUGGGCCACAAUAAGGAGCAUAUCAGAUGUUUUGCAGCCGAAAGUUUUGCUUUCUUAAUGAGAAAGGCUCCUGAUCACAAUGCCCUUUUCAACUUCAUGUUUGCUGACCUGGAGCAACACUCUGAGAAGGCUGAGGGAGUGGGCCAGCUGCUUUUCGAUGUGUGCAAAGGAGUCCAAAAUACCUUGCACUCAUGUGCAGCCAAAAUCUUCCCUGCUGUCUUACAAAAACUGGGACCUGUCACAGAGUUAGAGGCUGUGUUACCAUGGGAUAAGGUUGGGCAAGCUGUUCACCACAUGGCCAAGUCAUUUGCAUCCUAUGUUGACAGGGAACACUUUGAUGUAGUCUGGAACUGCUUACAAAGAUGUAUCCUGGGGCUCUGCGACCAAUUAAACUGCGGGGACAGGCAGCAAGGCUCUGAUCAAAUCCAGAGGAUACUGCAGAUAUACCUGGUGAUGGUGGAAAGUGGACAGGGGUCAAAGGUUACUCAUCCGGUCGAGCUUUGUGAGACUUUGAUCCAGACGCUGCAGGCUUCACAGAUGACCACAUCCUGCUGUGAGGCUCUUCUUGAGGUAUUCUCCACCCUCCUGAAGGCUCAGAAUAUUACUCUGCCGAAAGCACUGACUGUAGAAGCUUCUAGGAAGAUUUACAGCUGUGGGUUUGAGAGAAAAUUAAUUCUGGAGUUCUCUGAAAAGAUAUUUAACAUGUGCCAGUUUGAACAGCUGUUUCUGCCAAACUUGCUGCAGUAUGUGGAGGAACAGUUUGCACUUGAUGAUCUAUCUGCUUGGGAAGAAACUCUGGGAAUUUUGGUGGAACUGAUUCUGGUCAAAGCUGAGCCUCCGACUGUUGGAUCGAUGGCAUUUGAAAAGUAUCCUCUUCACUUUGCUGGGCCGGUGCAAGUCAAUUCGAGUGGAGUGAAGAAUGGUGGGCCAGUUGCUUUGGUGUUAGAUUUCAUCCUUUCGUUGCUGCACAUACCUGAAGCUGGAGAGAGAUUGGAUCUUGCACAUAGUUGGGCUGCUCUCAUCAUUCUUCCCCAUGUCAGGCCUAUGCAAACAGAGAAAGUGUUGGACCAGGUUCAGUUAUUUUUUAACUGGCUACUGGCAACCCUUGAGGAAAAUGAUUCCAUUGACGAAGGAUGGAUGUAUGUUGCUCGUCAAGCAGUCAGCACCAUUCUGAGUCUAACUGAAUCUUCAGAUGUUCUCAGCAUUCUUCCAGUGGAAUGUGUAAGAAAUUUGAUUAAGAAGUCACCAUCUAACCCCUCUGCUCUUUUGCUGGGUGAUCUGUACUAUACUCGGUUAGCAUUAUGUGGCUACAGUGAUCUCCUUUCACAAGACUCUCUGCUUGACCUGUUCACAGAACUUCGGCCAAAUCUUUCCACAUCUGUUUCCAAGGUGCGACUUCUCUCACUGAGGAUUAUGAAUCAUUUUAAAGUGCAGCUACGUGAAAGAGUCGAGGAUGAGAGUGAUGGAGAUCUUCAGUCUGUCUUUGCCAUCUUACUUCAAGCUGAACUUGUCCCUGCAACUGUUCAUGACUACAGAGAGAAGUUACUGCACCUGAGGAAGCUAAGGCAUGAUCUGGCGCAGCCGUGUAUCCCUGAGGGGCAGUAUGACGAGGUUCCUCUUCAGUAUUUGAUAGGAAUGCUUUAUAUAAACUUCAGUGCAUUGUGGGACCCAGUGAUCGAAUUAAUUGUUUCUCAUGCACGUGGAAUGGAAAACAAAGCAUUCUGGUGUAUUUAUUAUGAACAUCUGGACCAGGCAGCUCAUUUUACGGAGAAGGAAUUGAAAUGUGAAUUGGGAGAGGAAAUGAAAGACAACAUUACAUCGGACACUCCGAGUAGUCUGCCAGAUAUAAUCAGAGGAUUGUACCAGGAUCAGCUUCAUAUGGCAAUGAAGUCCAAUGAGAGGACAGAUCGCACCAACUUCCGCUUCCUGCUUUGGAAAGCAAUGGGUGACUUCGCUGACAGAGUAGAACCUCGGUCACGGGAACUCUCUCCUUUGCUUCUAAGAUUUAUUGACAAUGAAUAUUACCCAGCGGACUUGUUGGUUGCCCCAGCUGAAGACAUCAGGAAGAAGCAGGGGACUGAUGAGAAUGUGACUGCUGUCGAACUGCAGGAUGGGUGCAGUGCAGUCGCUGAUGAGAUUGAAGGUCCUGACGAACUCAAGUUUGCUGUGGGGAAGAAGCCCAGGAGGGCAGCUGUAAAGCAAUUGAUCGCUCACCUGAAAGUUUUCUCCAAGUUUUCCAACCCGAGGUCGCUAUACCUGGAACCCAAGCUGAAGGAAUUGUACAUACAGCUGCUGUGCCAUCAUUGCCAGGAUGUGCAGAAAAUUGCCUUGGAAUGUCUGCUCACCUACAAGCACCCACACAUGCUGCCCUACAGGGAAAACCUCCAGCGACUGCUGGAGGACAAGAGCUUCAAAGAAGAAGUCAUUCACUUUAGUAUUGCAGAAGAAACGACCAUCGUAUCAGCCGCACACAGACCUGAGCUCAUCCCAAUUAUCAUGAGGAUUCUUUAUGGACGCAUGAGGAGCAAAACAGGGAGCAAAACCCAAGGCCGAGCAGCAGCAGGGACCCGCAUGGUCAUUGUUCUAAAUUUCCUGGCUGGCUCAUUAUCUGAGGAGAUACACCUCUUCCUGGAUCUGCUCCUUGAACCAGUACACCAUUUUACUCAGGGAUCCUGUCUAUGUGCAGUGUUACAGUCAGUAAAGACUUUGGAUAUGUCAAAGAUUUUACCCCUAGGACGUCAGCACGGUCUACUGAACGGCAUUGAUGUGGUGAUGAAAAAGCUGGGCCAUCUAAUCCAAGACUAUCUGCCGAAACUGCUCCAGAUCACCUUGUGCAUGUGUGCGUCAGUGUCUCAUAUUCUUCAGCAACGAGACCAGAUCCAACCGCGGUGCAUAAACCAGCUAAAAUAUUUGAGACGUCUGGGAAUAAAUCAGAUUGCUACUUUCUUUAAUGACUUUGAGUCCUACGCUUUCACAGCAGAAGAGAUUGACGCAUUGUUUCACGGUGUUGUGUGGCCACAGAUCGGGAGACUCGCUUCUGAAGGGCAGUAUGCGCCAACCCCUCUCCUGAAACUGAUUCAUAUCUGGAGCAAGAAUUCCAGAUUCUUCCCACUCCUUGCAAAACAGCUUCCUGAUCACCCACAGUUGGAUGUUCUGACCAACGUCUUUGCCUUGCUGUCAUCUAAGAGGAUCGCAGAACCUACGGCGGUGGUUGUCAUGGAUAUCGUUGACAGCCUGUUGAGCAUGCCUGACUUCUCACCAACAGCACAAGCAAGCGUCCUGACUGUGAACGACACAGCCUUUCUAGAACCUUCCACCAUUGCAGGAGAAUCGGCAAGCAUGGGGAUAUGUCUUAUUCUGCCUCAUAUUUCCACCAUCCUGCGGCAUCUUAACAAAGCUGUUGGAAAUACAGAACGAAUGAAGAAGAAAAAAUUCCAAACACAAGUCAGUAAAGAUUUGAGCAUCCUUUCGAGGAUAAGUCAGUUUGUACAGGAUAAGGAACAGAGCACUGUUUUGAUCAAUCUCCUGAUGCCCUAUCUCUUUAAGCCAAACACACCACAGGAUACUGAGAUUGACAUCCUGAAAACCAUUCAGAACCUCCUGCAGCACUGCUCUGAGCCCGCCACGUUCAUCAAGCCACUGGCUGCCCUUUUCUCUGUCAUUCAAAACAGGCUGUCUCGGCAGACCCUCUGCUCCAUCUUCCAGACCUUGGCUGAUCUGGACAGCAGACUGGUGUACAUUACAGAAAUUGUCACUAAGUUAAAUGCCUUUGAUCGACAACAUCUUGAUGACAUUGAUUUUGAUGAGCGCCUGUCUGCAUUCCAACUUACCACUAAAUGUAUCCGAGAGAUGGGAACAUUGGAUAUGGAGUAUCUGAUUGCAGUCAUGCACAACUGCUUCCAUUCCAUUCGGUUGGGGGAGAUGACUCUUAGUGACAGCGCGACACUUUGCUUGACUGAGAUUAUCCGAAGAGUGGCUUCUGUUGACUGCUCAGAGGACGAAUACAAGGAAGUAAUCAACCGCACUUUACUGGAGACCUUACGGAAUUGUCUCAAAUCAAAGAUUGAGAGUGUUCAACAGGAAUACACAACGCUACUUUGCUGCUUGAUCCGGACAUUCCCCCAAAGACCAGAAUUCCAGGACCUGGUGCAGCUAACAGACCACGAUCCGGAUAUGGACUUCUUCGAGAAUAUGAAGCAUAUACAGAUCCACAGGAGAGCUCGUGCUCUGAAAAAACUAGCAAAGCAUCUUGAUGAGAAAAAGAUUACGUUAUCCUCAAAAUCUUUGGUGAAUUACAUCCUGCCAUUUGCUACUUCAACACUGUUCAAUGAGAACAUGCUGAAGUACGAGAACAUGACCACGGCAUCUGUGGAACUUGUUGGAGCUGCCUGCAAGCAUCUCUCAUGGUCACCAUAUAUUUAUUACCUUAAACGAUAUAUUCACAUUCUGCAGACUGGACAGAUCAACCAGAAACUUGCAGUCAGUUUGCUACUCUCAGUGUUGCAAGCCUUUCACUUUGACCCAGAGAGUCUACGGAAGGAGUUUGAAGCUGUUCAGGCAAUUGAAAAUGCAAUAGAUAUGGAGAAAGGAGAUGAGGAAAAUGUGGCUGAAGCCAUGGAAUUGGAAGGUGAUGUCGAUGAAGAGAAGGAAGAAUCUGCAGAAACAUUAAAUGAAGGUAACACAGUGUGUGAUGAAGGUACAAUGGGAGAAGAUGUCCCAGUGAAGCAGAUGAAGAAGCCUGUGACCCCUGAACCCAAAAACAACAAGGAGCUGCAAAAUCUGAUUGAACACAUCCAAAUGACUGUCACCAACAGCAUCCUGCCUAAGCUGCAGAAAUGCUUAACUGCAAAGGUGCAAAGAGAUGAGCAACACAAGUUGGUGAGAUCAAAAAUAGUCAAUGAUGAGGAGUUGGUGCGUAUUCCGCUGGCUUUUACGAUGGUUAAACUGAUGCAGACUCUUCCCAAGGAAACCAUGGACUCCAAUUUACCAAGCAUCCUCAUCAAAGUCUGUAUGCUGUUGAGAAACCAAGCGCAGGAGAUCCGCGAUGUUGCUCGCAACACCCUGACUAAAAUCAUUGAGACUCUGGGUCCAGAAUACCUUCUGUAUCUUCUCAAAGAGAUGCAGUCAGCUUUAACCAAGGGCUAUCAGGUUCAUGUUUUGACCUACACGGUCUAUAUGCUGUUGAAGAGUCUCGUACCCAGACUUAACAGCGGAGAUUUGGACCCUUGUGUGGACAUUCUCAUUGAGAUUUUUAACCAUGAACUGUUUGGUGAAAUUGCAGAAGAGAAAGAAGUGAAAGGAAUUAUAAGCAAAGUGAUGGAAGCGAGGUCAAGCAAGAGCUACGACUCCUAUCAGAUUCUGGCUCGGUUUGUGGGAAGGGCACAAGUUACUAAGCUGAUCCUUCCACUUAAAGAGAUAUUAGAGAGUAUAACCAUCCUUAAGCAAGCUUGCAAGGUUCAAGAAGCAUUUCGUCGCAUUGUGACUGGUCUGUUACUGAAUAAGGAAAUGACGGCUGACUCCAUCCUCUUAUUAAGCCACGGCCUGGUGACAGAGAGCUUGCCAUUGAUGACACAGAGAACCAAAGGUCAACACAAGAAACCUGAAGCAUCCCGUGUUGGACUGAAGCCCCAGAGUUGCCUCUUGCUGCCCCCCACCCCAAGCCGUACGGGUGAGAAAGCAGCUACCAGCACCAAGACCAACAUGCACAUUCUGGUCAAUACCGGGUUGAGGUUGUUGCAUAUGAGCUUGAAGAGAUCGAAGGUGAAUUCUUCAGAAGAACACAUUUUGGGAAUGCUUGACCCAUUUGUGCAGCUAUUGAUUGACUGCCUCCAGUCCAUGCAUGUAAAGGUGAUCAUUUCUGCCUUGCAGUGCCUCACCUGGAUAUUGAAAUUCCCAUUGGCGUCCAUGGAAACCCUGGCUGAUCAGCUGACCCAGCAACUUUUUGUGUUACUGAAGGAUUAUGCGAGGGCUGGAGCAGGGAGGGGAGACAACUUCCACCUGGUGGUGAAUUGUUUCAAGUCAAUUACUAUCCUCGUGAGGAACAUGACAGGACACAUGAUAACUGGCAAACAGUUGCAGAUUCUGUUGGGAUAUGCUGAGGAAGAUAUUUAUGACUCAUCACGUCAGGCAACAGCAUUUGGUCUUCUGAAAGCAAUUCUCUCAAGAAAGCUGCUUGUUCCAGAGAUGGACGAAGUGAUGCAGAAAGUGGCCAAACUUGCUGUGACUGGACAGAGUGACCAGGUCCGAGUGCAGUGUCGUCAGGUUUAUUUGAAGUUUGUUCUGGAUUAUCCCCUGGGAAGUAAACUGAAGUCUCACCUUGAGUUCAUUGUGGCACAGCUUUCCUAUGAACAUGAUAUUGGAAGAGAAUCUGCAUUGGAAAUGCUAGCUUAUAUCUUUCAAUCCUUUCCACAGGGUCUGCUUCAUCAGUAUUAUGCCCUUUUCUUCAUCCCUGUCACUCUGAUGAUUGUGAAUGAUGAUUCACCGAGCUGCAAGAAGAUGGCAGCUCUGGUAGCUCAGUCGUUGUUGAGCAAGGUGGACGAGAAGCACAAGGACCUGAUGUUUUCGUUGGUCUUGACGUGGUUCCAAAGUGAAAAGAUCUCUCACCGUCGACUGGCUGCCCAUACUUGUGGGCUUUUUGUUGAAACUGAAGGAACCACCUUUGAGAAACGACUUGGGAUCGUUCUUCCAAUCCUUGAAGCCGCAAUUGAUCCUGGAAAUUUCCAAGAUAUCCAUGAGGAAGCGGAAGAGAAAGCCACAGACCGUUUGCUGUUCAACCUCUUGACUCUGACUGUGAAACUGGUGAAGAAUUGCAACUUGGUCCAGCUGCUCAAACCACACCCCAUUCUCACCACGAUCUGGGGUCACAUCCAAGCUCAUCUGUGGCACCCUCACUCCUGGGUUUGGCUCACCUCUGCCCAGCUGUUCGGAAUGCUGUUCGCCUCCUAUCAACCUGAAGAGCUGGUGGCCAAGUGGAACUCUGGCAAGGCACUGAUCACGGAACAGAAUUCCAUGGAGACGCCAGCGGCACAGUUCUUGCUGGAAGAGCUGGACAGAAAGACCAAACUCUUGGCUUUAGCCUUUUGUCAUCAGCUGCAGUCCAAGUUCCUGGAUCUCACGCUGGGUGAACAGGUGAUAAAGAACUUGCUGUUUGUGGCCAAAGUCAUCUUCCUCUUGGAGUCUGUUGACUGUGGAGAUGAAAAGGUGGAUGAAAAGACAGAGGAGAGCGAGGAUGAAAUGGGAGCAGACGAAACUGAGGAAGACACGGCAGGAAAAGUUGCGUCUGAUGGUGCCAAAGGGAAGAGAGCAACCCUGAUGUGGCUGAUCAGGAAGCUGUGUACUCUUGCCAAGAGAGAAGCAGCUCAUUCCCCGAAAAUAUCUUUGAAGAGGACAUGCGUCUUUAAGUUCCUUGGAGCAAUCUCCGUAAACCUUGGAAUGGAAGGAGUGAAGCCUUAUCUCCCAGUAAUUAUUGCGCCUCUUUACAGGGAAUUGAACAGUACUUACGCAGAGCAAGACUCGACAUUGAGGAACCUUUCCCAGGAGAUCAUCGAGCUGCUGAAGAAACUGGUUGGGUUGGAAACGUUCUCUCUGGGCUUUGCAGCCGUGCAGAAGCAGGCCAGCCAGAAGAAAGCUUUGCGGAAAAGACAGAAAGCUCUGCAGGCAGUGGCAAAUCCGGAUAUUGCCGCAAGGAAGAAACUGAAGAAGCACAAAAAUAAAGCGGAAGCCAAGAAAAGAAAAAUUGAAGUCCUUCGACCUGGCUACAAGGCGAAAAAGGCCCGAAGCAGCACGCUAAAGGACUUGGCCAUAGUGGAGUGAAAUGUUUUAGUUCAGUCGUUUUGUACGUGAUGAUUUUAUGCCAGAAACUAAAAGAUCACUUCUGAUGGCCACAUUUUUAUUUUUGUCUCCCAUUCCCAACAAUUCUUUUGCAAUGUGGCUCAGGAGUAUUUAGCAUGAAGUACAGUUUAAUGUACUGUUUAUCUUGGCAGAUUGUCAAUAAAUGGUGCUUUGUGAUAGCGCCUGUUCUCACAA